AUGGUUGAGAACCGAGGACCAGAGCUACAGGCAGUAUGUUCGACGAUGGUGUCGCUGUCAUUUGUGUCAGUAGUGCUUCGAGUCUACGUUCGAACCCGUAUCGUGAAGGCAUUUGGAUGGGAUGACUUCUUCAUGGUCUUCGCCCUUUUGUUCAAUGUGAUGUUUGCAACCUGUGCAAUCGGUGGAAUACAUUACGGCACUGGUAGACACAUGAAGGAUCUCAGCGAUGAGGGGAUAGUCAAGGCUAUGCGAUUUUGGUGGUACUGCUACAUUGCCUAUUGCUGGGCCAUGAUCAUGGUCAAAACGUCGAUUGGACUUUUCUUGUUACGCGUCACGAUCAAGCCACUCCACCGAUGGAUCAUCUACAUUGCCAUGGGUCUCACGGUUUUGACUGGACUGGUUUUCUUCUUCGUUACCCUCCUUCAAUGUACGCCCUUAUCAUACUUUUGGGACAAGAAGUCCCAAACAGGGUGGUGCGUCGACGCCGAUGUCAUCAUCGCUCUUACUUUCCUCUACAGCGCCAUUUCCGUCAUUUGCGACUUCACCUUCGCCAUUCUCCCCAUCUUCCUCGUAUGGAACUUAAACAUGUCUGUCAAGACAAGGGUCAUGCUUAUCCCCAUCCUAGGAAUGGCGUGUGUGGCAAGUGUUGCAGUCCUCUGCCGUAUGGCAUAUGUUAUGGACUUCAAGAACCCCGACUUCCUGUGGGCCACACUGGAUAUCGCGAUCUGGAGUGACGUUGAACAAGGUCUUGCGAUCACUGCCGGUAGUCUCGCAACCCUCCGACCGCUAUACCGCAAAUUCGCAGCGCACUUCGGCAUAAACACAACAGGAAAGGGCGAUAGCGGAAAGAACACUACACCGCAGUGGUAUGGUGGCCCAUCUAUGGCCAAGGAAUCAAAGAGGAAGAGCUUGUUCCAUUUUGGUACACUGAUGAGGACCGAGAAAGGGGCCGACAGGGAUGAGGACUAUGGCAUGGGCAAUUUACAGCCUAUGCGCUUGAGGGACGACCUCCUGGAUGAAAACCAGGUUGAAAAGAACGAGAAGGGGUUCAGUUCGUGGACGGUGUCAGCUGGCGGCAAGAGUUUUGAUGAAGAGCAUGCCGUGCCUCCACUACCAUCAGGGCAGAUCACGAUGCAGACAGCUGUGGUUCAAGAGUCCGAGAGACGCUCAUUCUAA